GUAAAUCUGUCAACGUCUUCAUUUCAUUUUGCUGACUGUCCAAGAUUCUUCCAGCAUUUUUGAUUGAGUUCAAGUUUCGACUAUUGUAUUAUUAGUAACUCAGCUCAGCUUCAAUAAGUUGUUAAAAUACUUGUUCUAAAUAGUUAAUUAACCAAAAUGUAUAAAUCAAACGUACUUCAUUUGUUAUUUGCGGCGGCCGUGUUGCAAGUAACCCUAGCACUGAGGGAAGGCGAAUGCGAAGUUUGUGUGAAAACUGUCGACAAAUUUGCGGCUACAUUAUCAGAUGAUGUCAAGAAGGACCCCAAAUUGAUAGAGGCUGAAUUCAAGAAGUUCUGUAAAGGCAGUAAGAACAAAGAAAAUCGGUUCUGUUACUAUUUGGGUGGUUUGGAGGAAUCUGCCACCGGCAUUCUUGGUGAGCUUUCAAAACCUCUGAGUUGGUCGAUGCCUUCUGACAAAAUUUGCGAGAAAUUGAGGAAAAAAGACGCUCAAAUUUGUGACCUGAGAUUCGAUAAACAGAUUGAUCUUAAUAACGUUGACUUGAAAAAGCUGAAGGUUCGUGACCUAAAGAAGGUUCUCAACGACUGGGAUGAAGUGUGCGACGGCUGCAUCGAGAAGACCGACUUCAUCAAGAGAAUAGAGGAACUCAAACCGAAGUAUACAAGAUCUGAACUUUAAAAAUGUUAUACAAUAGUAAAUUAUUCAUAGGACAAUGUGAUAUGAGCCCCAGUUCAGCCGCGCUCAGCUCUUGGUGAUCUAUCUGCAUUUGAACUGCAAAGUAUGCUUGUGGAUGUGUGAACUAAAAUGACUAAAUUAUUAUUGUAUGUUAAGUAAAUAUUUUUAAUUA